UGGAAGGGCGGGAAAGGGGAGGGAGGGGAGGGGAUGAGGGAGCGGAGGGGGGAGGGGAGGGGGGGAGGGAGGGAGGGGAAGGGGAGAGGGAGAGGUGGGGGGAGGGAGGGGAAGGGGUGAGGGGGGGGGGGUGGAGGGGAGGGGGGGAGGGAGGGGGGGAGGGAGGGAGGGGGGGAGGGAGGGGGGGAGGGAGGGGAGGGGUGGAGGGACGGUAA